UUUUCGUCCCUCAGCCCUCUCUACGUUUUCCCUUUUAGCGCUCCGGUGGGGGAAAGAGUAGCUUUGGUUGCUCUACGGUCAAUUAUGGUCCGAGUUCGGCAAGCAGCGGAAAGGUCUGGUCCAACGGCGGAAGAGGUUCGUGUUGUGGCUGUUUCCAAAACCAAGCCCCUUUCUCUCAUCCGUCAGGUCUAUGACUCUGGCCAUAGAUGCUUUGGUGAAAACAACGUUCAGGAGAUUCUCAAGAAAGCUCCUCAGCUCCCUGAUGACAUAGAAUGGCAUUUUAUUGGACAUUUACAGAGCAACAAAGUGAAAUCUCUUCUGGGUUUGUUCAGUUUUUCUUCAAAUCAUAAUAUAAACUUUAAUUGAUUUAACAGUUGGAAUGUUAGCCUUAUAAUUAAAGUGAAGCUAUGAUUUGAACGAUCAUUUAAAUGGUAAAAAUGUUGGGUUUGAUUAUUCCAAAUCUUAAAUAUUUUAUGUACUUUUGGGGAGUUUGUAAUUUGUAACUCUAAAAUAAAAGCUUUGUUGUUAUAGAGCAGAAAGGUUUAAUUUUGAAGAUAUAAUGCUUAAAAAAUUGUAAUACAGAUCUUAUAUUUGCUUUUUUAUUUUCCUUUUAAUACAUUAGGGUAUGAUUUUGAGGCCAUAGAUUUAUUAAUUUUUUGCAGCUGGAGUUCCUAAUAUAAGCAUGGUUGAGGGUGUGUACGGUGAGAAGUCCCUAUUGGGCAUUUACAUAGUAAUUGCUCUAAUUCCUUAGUCUCUAAAUAUUUUAAGGUUUAGCAAGAAUGUUAGUUUCAAGAAAGAAAGAGAGAAAGAUUAGUGCCAUUGAAGUGCAUAUUUUUGCCAUAACAUAAAGUGCAACUCAGCACCUGAAACUUUGAGUUUGAAGAAAUAUUAAAUAUAUAGGUAAGUAAGACCCAUUCUCCUUUCUCCUCAUCUUAAAGCCCCAAAAUAACUAAAAUAAUAUCCCACCGAACUCCACUUAAAAUUACCUUUUAUAUUAUUAUAUAAAUAUAAAUUUAAUUAGAAUCAAGGGUCUCGUGGAUAUUAGUAAAUAAUUUUCAAUGUUAUUAUUAAUGAGAGUCUCGUGGGUGUGUGAGUGUGUGGGAGAUGUAUAGCGGGAUGAGUUGAAAUGCUCAUUAUAACAUUUGAAUAACAAUGUGUAUAUUAUAGGUUUAUAUACACAAUUAUAACAUUCUUAACAAUUAGUUAUAUAAAACAUAUCGUUUAUAAAAUAAUUUACAAUUACUUACUAAAUUCUUAAACAAAAACUACUGGAACUUAUAUAAAACUAAUAUUUACGUGGCUCGCCCCGUAAUUCUCAUCUAGUAUAUAGAUAUAGAUAUAUAGGUAGACUAUUAAAACUAACAUAUUGCCAUCAGUAUUUAUUUUAGAUUGCAACACCAUUAUUUGAAUUAUUUGAACAUACAUAAAAAUUACUACACUCAAUAAUAAAAUAAGUUUUUCUUGAAUAGAUCACUUUAUUAAAAAAAUUCAAUUUGACUAUAAUAAUAAAUUAAAUUAUAUGAUUAUUUAUUAAAUCAUUGUCAUUUAUAGUAUAAAACACCUAUCAUAAAACUAAGUAUACGUGUCUUGCACGUAGCUUUCUCCUAGUAUAUACAUAUAUAUAUAAAUGCGUGCAUUAUUAAUUGAUAUUAUCUAUUAGUACUAUUAGAAAAAUUUAAGUUCUUAUGUUUUCUUUUAUUAUAUAAUCACACCAUUUAUCCAAUUAUCAAAUAUUUGAAUUUCUAUACUA